ACGUCAAAAGCAGUAAUCAACUUCCGCCUGCUGUCUGUCUAAAGUUUUUGUCGCUCUUUUUCCGUCAUCCUGCCGCUGUGAUCGAAACACAUUUCGUUGUGUACAGAAAUCUUUUCAUAAUGUCGGAUAUUGAAGUUGAAACUCCAGUCGCUCCCAUCGACGGAACGAUGGAUGUCAACACGGCUCUACAGGAAGUGUUGAAAAAAUCUUUGAUUGCUGAUGGUCUGGUGCAUGGUAUUCAUGAAGCUUGCAAAGCCUUGGAUAAACGCCAAGCCGUGCUCUGCAUCUUGGCGGAAAGUUGUGACGAACCCCAGUAUAAGAAACUGAUCACGGCUCUGUGCAACGAACACCAGAUUCCACUUAUCCGGGUUGAUUCCAACAAGAAGCUUGGCGAAUGGUCGGGUCUCUGCAAGAUCGACAAAGAGGGUAAGCCACGAAAAAUUUCUGGAGCUUCCUGUGUGGUAUUGAAGGCGUACGGUGAGGAAACUCCUGCCCAUGAUGUCAUCAAGGAGCAUUUGAAACAACUGCGACAGUCGAGUUAAAUUAUGAAGGUGUUUAUUCUACACAAACCAAUAUAAGAAAUUUAAUUCUCGGUAAACAGUGA